UAGUGCAUUAUUCUUGUUUUUUGUUUCGUCUAUGUCACACCACCAUUGCCCUUUUUGAAACAAUUUCUUAUUCAUACUUUAAUUUGGCCGACUUUUUCAAUUAGGCACAUCCCCAUAAUCUCCCAUCCUCCAUUAAUGAAACCUUGCCAUCCAUGGCUACUGCUAGAACACCACCUUCUUCUUCUUCUCCUCCUUUCCAAAAUAUUAACGGUAAACAUCAUCAUAACACCAUGAAACAACAUCGGAUCACAACCUUUUUCUCUCCGAAGCUCUCCAUCUACCUAGUCGCCACUUGCGCCGUUCUUCUCAUCCUCUUCCAAAUCCAGUCCUUGCAAACUCCGUCCUCGUCCUCGUCCUCGUCCCCGUCCCCACGGCCGCAGUGGCCUGCUUUUAUGCGGCGGUGGGAAAGCCUCAUCUCCAACACCACCACCACUAAUCUUAACCGCAAUGAUGAUAAUAACUGCGGAAAAGAAUCAACUAUCUUGUCAGAUCAAGAUGUGGGACCUACGGAGACAAAAGAAUCAUCCACUAUCUUGUCAAGAAAGAGCGUUGAGCCUAUGGAAACUAAGGAAUCGUCCACUGUCUUGUCAGGACAGGGUGUUGGGCCCAAUGGAGCGAGAGAAUUUCUGGACAUGGAUUCGGUGGCCCGGAAACUCCGGGAUUCCGUUACGUUCUUACCGUUGAAGGACCUGCGGUAUUCCAACGCGCCGCUGCAAGGGCACACGUGGUUCAUGAGCGCCAUGGACGACACGCAAGAAGAAGGCGAAGCUCAGUACCAGAGGUUCCCAUCCACAGCGUCGAAAGGCCGGGUUCUAUGCCUGAGAGGCCGCGACCGCCACGACGGCGCGUGGAACUCCUACGCGCUGGCGUGGCGCGACGCGCUCCCAAACAACGCCACCUUCCUCAACGGCCUCACCUUCGUCUCCUACAACCACUACGACUACGGCAACAUCUGGCACGGCCUCUCCGCCGUCGUCCCCUUCAUCUCCUGGCACAUCGGAAACCGCUGCUCAUCCCCGGCCAGGUGGGUCCUAUACCACUGGGGAGAGCUGAGGGCAAAAAUGUCAAAUUGGCUCACGACACUAUUGGAGGCCACGCUCCACGCGCCGCUGAACAUCGAAACCUUCGAAGACGGCGACGGGUAUAGCGACGACAGCGUGGCGUGUUUUGAGGACGCGGUCGUGAUGCGGCAUAACGAAGGGGGAAUGUCGCGGGACAAGAGGAUUGAAACGUACGAUCUGCUGAGGUGUAAGGCUAGGAUGCACUGCAACGUUAGCUUGGAAGGGAGGCUGUCGGAGGUCACCGGCAGUGGCCGGUUGCCGGUCAUCGGAAUGACUAUGUUCAUGAGGACCGGUCCCCGGUCUUUCAAGAAUGAGACGGCGGUGAUUGGGAUCUUUGAGAAGGAAUGUCGGAAGGUGGAGGGUUGCAGAUUCAUGGUUGCUUAUUCCAACAAUCUCACUUUUUGUGAACAGGUGAAGGUGAUGAGUUCAACAGACAUUUUGAUCUCUCCCCACGGAGCACAACUUACGAACAUGUUCUUCAUGGACAAGAACAGCAGCGUGAUGGAAUUCUUUCCCAAAGGGUGGUUAAAGCUGGCCGGCGUGGGGCAGUUGGUGUACCACUGGAUUGCGAGCUGGUCAGGGAUGAAGCACGAGGGCGCGUGGCGCGACCCCGACGGCGAUCCCUGCCCUUAUCCGGACGACGACCGCCGGUGCAUGUCUAUCUAUAAAGGCGGCAAGAUUGGAUACAAUGAAACCCAUUUCUCCGAUUGGGCUAAACGUGUUCUUCGAGAGGUAAGAAUGAGGAAAACGGAAGAAGCUUCAAAGAAGAAUGGUCCGGCGGCUAAUGGAUGUUCAUGUGGUUGAAACAGGCCGUGUCAAAUACAGGACACGGGUCACCCAAACCGUCCAAAACAAGGGUUAAAGGGGUUAGACCCGCAUGUUACUUCAAAACGCUUACUCAUAAAAAUUUUCGUGUAUCAUAAUUCUGCUCGUGGUUGUUAUCAAGCAUGCAAAUUUUCUUUUAAAUGGUUAAA